AUGUUCGGAAAGGAUGAAGAUUUUAAAGAAUGCAUCCCUUAUUGUGGACCACUGACCAGGGAGAUAUAUGGCCGAAACUUUGCAGCAAAUGCUUGCGAGUCGUGUAAAUCAUUUUUCCGACGAGUGGUUCGUUUCAAUAAACAAUACGAGUGUCCGUCAAAUGGCAAAUGUGUGAUCAAUACAAUGACCAGGACUAUUUGCAAACAAUGUAGAUUUACUAAAUGCUUAGCCAUCGGAAUGAAACCAGAAUUAAUACGAAGUACUGAAGAAAACCAAAUGAGGCAACAAUUGAUUGAAGAAAAUAAGGCUAAACGACGGGAGAAAUAUGAAAAAAGUAUUGAUUGUGUGGAUCCGUUACCGGUAUCUAAAAGGUUGACCACAGCUUUCCCUCGAAGUGAAGAGUUAAGCGGAUUCUUGAAUGACUUAAUUGAAAAUACAGUGAAUAUUAGUGAUGAAGAGAUCAAUAACCAGAUCAUAGACAUUGAGAGUAGUGUAAUGUCUGAGACAAGUAGUGUCAUUGAAGUUGCAGCUGCAGAUCCUCAACAAGUGGUCGCACCGGUAUUCCCAGUGCUCAGCAAUUAUCACUCGUGGAACCAAUUGGAGUCAAUCCGUAUAACAGAACUGUUGAACGCCUCAAAACUUCUCGACUAUCCGUUGAGUGAAAAUGUACUCAAAGUCCAUACGUUUAAAGACAUGGUUCGCGAGUUUGAAUACCGUAUGGAAAACAUUAUUAAAGAUAUGAUCGGUUUUACCAAACGUUUGAAUGGAUUCAAGAACUUCUGUUCCGACGAUCGGUGGACUCUCAUGAAGAAUGGAUGCAUUGAAAUGAUUAUAUUGAGACUAUCGCUGAGUUAUAAUGACGAGGGUCAGACUUUCUGGGUGAAUGUGGUAAGCAUAUGA